AUGAAGCUCUCCAGUGCCACACUUCUAACUCUAGCUGCUACUGCAAUUGCUGCUCCAGUAGCCACCGUUACAGUCCAUGACCACGUCAAACAAACCGUCGUGGUUGAAGGUUACGUGUACUUCGAUGGUACCCACACUACUACCGGUUACACCACCCACGGUGCCGCACCAGCUGCCACUCAAACCGACUCUCCAGCUCCAGCUUCUACUGCCUCCCCAGCUGCAAGCCCGCUUGCCGAAAGUGCUGUCGAGGACGACUCCAGCUCCCCAGCUCCUUCUCCAUCCACCAACACCGCUCCAGCCUCGACCCAGCCAGCCAGCGUAGUCAACAACGCUGCUGAACUAAACAUCGAGCCAGCUACCACUUCUUCUUCUGAGCAACCAGCUACCACCUCUACUCCAGCUCCUUCUCCUACUCCUACCACUACUACCAGCUCCAGCUCUUCAUCUGCCGCUCCAGCUGCCACCUCCUCCGCUUCUUCUUCGGACUCUAACUUGUCCUCCUUCGCUUCAGAAAUGGUCAAUGCCCACAACAGCAAGAGAUCUCUGCACAAGAACACCCCAUCCGUGUCCUGGUCCGAUGACUUGGCCUCCUACGCACAAAACUACGCCGACAACUACGACUGUUCCGGUACUUUGACCCACUCCGGCGGUCCAUACGGUGAAAACUUGGCUUUGGGCUACGGAAACACCGGCUCCGUUGAAGCUUGGUACGACGAAAUCAAGGACUACGACUACUCCAACCCAGGCUUCUCCAUGAGCACCGGUCACUUCACCCAAGUCGUCUGGAAGGCUUCCACCAGCAUCGGUUGCGGUGUCAAGCAAUGUGACUCCUGGGGUGCUUACAUCAUCUGCUCCUACGACCCAGCUGGUAACGUCGAUGGUGGUUACCAAGACAAUGUCCAACCAUUGGCUUGA